GUCGUUUCGUAGUAUUUAUCAUCCAUCUCUUUGCAUCACCCAAAAACAAAUUGGGCAAUUGGGCAGAGCUCCUUCCAACGAGCUCACCUCUUACAUGCCAUACUUUGGCUAAACUUCUGUGCCGGAUACACCGCUUCGACUCAUCUGAAGAAGUGCCAAACACUACCAAUUCUCCAUCACUCAUCCAUCUAUCUUCCCAUAUCCUUUUCAGGUCCUUUCCAACAUCUUAAUUACCUUUUAUUUCAAUGCUCCAGUCCCAGAGUUAGCCGCCAACUGCAACACUGGUUGGAUGCCCCAAUCAUCACUUGCACGAAUCACAUUCAAUCUUUUGCACCACGCUCUGCCCUCUCACAUCACAGUUGCCGAGCCGUCCAUGAUUGACGCCGGCGGCCGAACAAUCUCAAGCGCCCAAGACCAGCCAGAAGAGCCAGAAGCGUCCGACUUUUGACCUUGUAAAAGCCCACAAGUCAUUGUCUUUCUGUGGAGAACAACACGACACCACACAACCAGAACACAUCCUCUCAGACUUGUUGCGCUACGACCUACGAAGAUCAAGAAGUCCUGUGUUUCUUGUCUGACAUUAAAUCAACCGAGUCCAUCUCAUCACUGUCCAUUCACAAGCACGAGUCUCCAACAUCAUCACAUUUCCAGUUGGCCUUCCAAGUCCAAGUCCUGCAGAUUCCCUGCCCCGUCAGUUGCACCCCACCCACCAUCAUUCGCAGGCGCUCCCAGGCGGCGCACCCACGCACACGCACCUCACUUCUUAGCCAGUCCACCAAAGUCCACCAAAGUCCAACCGUCACCAUUGGUACCAUUUCGUGCCUCCCUAGUCCUUGGAUGCCCUGCCACCAUCACUCUCACUCUGAUUGCCUAUCCUUAGCCCUUGACCACGCUUCCGCCAUCCCCCUUGGGCCCUUGACACUGUCCCCCGUGUCCAUUGCAUCCAUUGCAUCCAUUGCAGAUCCCACCCAGCCCAGCCCAGGCCAGCUCGACUGCGCUCGACUGCGGCCCAGCUGCUGCCGUAACCUGCGCCUGCGCCCGCGCCCGACCUACACAAGGUCCUCCAAACUUCUUAUCCAAAGCGUUCCUCCUCCACCACCACUUUCACAAUUCCUCCCAGGUCCGAAGCUGGCCCUGCAAAGGGACCAGUCCUCACCAAAUCCCCCACACUGUUGGCCGCCAACGCCGCCGCCUUCGCCAUGAUGAACGGCACCGACCUCAAAAAGGCCGCCAUCUCACAGGCAAAAAAGGUUGCGACCACCGCCGCCCUCGCCGCCAACGGCAAUGGCCAAAAGAAGAGGAGGAAAGGCGACAAUCUCAAACCCAUCAUAACAUCCGAAAAUUCUUCAUCAAAUCUACAUGCCUCUCCCACUCAAAAUGAUCCUGAAGCCAUGGAGUCUCCUUUAUCGCACAACAAAAAUCCUUCACAUAACUCACGUCUUGACAGAUCUCCUUCCUCCUCCACCUCCGAAGAAGACCCUGCCGAAACCACCGCCGAUGAAGAAGACUCGGAAGAUUAUUGCAAAGGUGGUUACCAUCCAGUUCAUGUUGGUGAAACCUACUGCAACGGCAGAUAUGUUGUUGUAAGAAAGUUGGGCUGGGGCCAUUUUUCAACCGUCUGGCUUUCCAAAGACACUACCAACGGCAAACAUGUCGCCCUCAAAGUCGUCCGCUCCGCCGCGCAUUACACCGAAACCGCUCUUGAUGAAAUCAAAUUGCUGAAAAAAGUUGUCCAAGCCAACCCGGAUCAUCCUGGCCGAAGAUACGUUGUGAGCCUUCUCGAUUCUUUCCAACACGAAGGUCCCAACGGCCUCCACGUCUGUAUGGUCUUUGAGGUCUUGGGAGAAAACCUUCUUGGUUUGAUCAAAAGGUGGAACCAUCGAGGCAUUCCCACGCCUUUGGUUAAGCAAAUCACAAAACAAGUUUUGCUUGGCCUCGAUUAUCUUCAUCGAGAAUGUGGCAUUAUCCACACCGAUCUGAAACCAGAGAACGUCCUUAUCGAGAUUGGAGACGUUGAACAAAUUGUCAAGGCUUUUGUCAAGGACGACAAAGAAUCGUCAAAAGAUGACAAUAGGAAUGGCCGUCGAAGAAGACGAACUCUGAUCACAGGCAGUCAACCCCUCCCCAGUCCGCUCAACGCGAGCUUCACCGGCUUGGACAAAAUCGGGAACCCGCAUAUCCACCAGCCUAGUAGUCUGAAUCAAGUAUUGAGUGAGGCCACAAACAAGUCACAGAGCGAGGGCUUGUCCAUGGUCGAGCAACUGAAACUUCGGUCGAAGCAGUCGAGUGACGAGUCGGCUUCGGCGAAAAGCCGUGAGGGCACCACAGAUCCCAUAGAGAAAGACCUGGCCGGCGUGUCUUUGGACAGCAAAAAGCCUACUGAGGCUGAAAAGGUGGUCAAGGCGGCGAAGAAGCAGGAUGAUCCCCUGGGCGAGAUCAUUUCAGUCAAGAUUGCAGAUUUGGGCAACGCCUGUUGGGUUGGCCAUCACUUUACCAAUGACAUCCAAACUCGGCAAUAUCGAUCCCCAGAGGUCAUCCUUGGCGCGAAGUGGGGUGCGAGCACAGAUGUUUGGAGUAUGGCAUGCAUGGUGUUUGAAUUGAUUACCGGAGACUAUCUUUUCGAUCCUCAAUCGGGAACCAAGUAUGGCAAAGAUGAUGACCACAUUGCACAGAUCAUCGAACUCCUUGGACCUUUCCCCAAAUCGUUAUGUUUUGCUGGCAAGUGGUCUCAAGAAAUCUUCAACAGAAAAGGUGAAUUACGAAAUAUCCAUCGAUUACGACACUGGGCAUUGCCGGAUGUUCUGCGGGAGAAGUAUCACUUCUCCCCCGAGGAGGCCCAGAAAACCAGCGCGUUUCUCAGCCCUAUGCUGGAGUUGGCGCCCGAAGCCCGCGCCAAUGCGGGUGGAAUGAGUAAUUCUGAAUUUAUGAUGGGCACCAAAGGAAUGGAGAAUAUUUCGGUCGACAUUCCCGUGGGAUCCAAGGGUGAUGACAUUCAAGGCUGGGCGACGGAGGUCAAGAAGCGGUCAUGAUAUUGCCAUCGAUGGCGAGUUGAACACCGACGCCCCGGGCAGGGUAUCUGCCUUUGACGUUGAUCUUCUUGGCACACAUGGUUUUGCACGUUUGAUGUUGUGUAGAUCAGAGCAGAGCAGAGCAGCGGAGAGCAGAUACAGUGUCACAUAAGAAGAAUGAAUGAGCUGAACGAAAUAUAUGAUGGCGCCACCCGAUGGGCUAGCAUUGAAAGCUGUGGUGAUUUGGCGUCAAUAUAGAAGAGUCUUUGAUGUAUCUGCACUUUCAAGGCCGCUGCCAUCCUAUCUGAGACAUUAAAAGCCUUCUAGACAUUGUAGAAUAUCAAGCGAGACGGAGAUAAUCCGGCCAAAUCUAUACG